GAUCCCGACAGUGAUCGGCCCCUGAAUGGUGACCGGCCCCUGAACAGUGAUCGGCCGGUGAACAGCGACCGGCCCCUCGACAGGACCCGCCUGCGCAAACCCCGCACGCCCCUGGAGACCUUCAGGAAAGUGGGGGUCCCCAUCCUCGCAGCACUGCUGAGCCUGGCGAUCAUUGUCAUCGUGGCUGUGCUCAUCAAGGUCAUCCUGGACAAGUACUACUUCCUCUGUGGGCCGCCCCUCCGCUUCAUCCCCAGGCGGCAGGUGUGCGACGGCCAGCAGGACUGCGCCUCGGGGGACGACGAGCGAGUCUGCGUGGAGAACUUUCCCGAGGGGCCCCCAGUGCCAGUCCGCCUCUCCAGCGACAGGUCCACCCUCCAGCUGCUGGACCCGACCACGGGGACCUGGGCCUCUGCCUGCUUUGACGGCUUCACAGGAGCCCUGGCCCAGACCGCCUGUGGGAUGAUGGGCUUUCACAGCAAACCCACCUUCCAAGCCGAGAAGAUCGGUCCAGACCAAGAGCUGGACGUGGUUGUCAUCACAGCGGCCAGCCAGGAGCUCCAGGUGCAGCACCCCCGCGGGUGAGUGAGGGGCCAGCCCCAGCC